CAUUAAAGCCCUACAACAGAAGAAGUCUCUGAAACAUUAAAUACUCUCUCGUCUCUCUGUUUAAUCCUUUGACUGAAGACAUUCAAGAAGAUGAUCUUCUGGAUCCUGCUGCUCUUCAUCCUGACCUCCUCUUUCUCUGGAUCAUUUGUAGUGAAUGUGACACAGAGCUCCUAUCAGGCAGAGGAGAACCACAACAUCACACUGGAAUGGACGUUCACCACCAACACUCAACACUCCACAAAUGUAUUUUCUACCCUCUGUCAACUGUUCACUGAUGUCAGACACUCAGUCCUGUUUCACAUACUUGAUGGUGUGGAGGUUCCAGAGUCUCAGGAUGAACAGUUUGCAGGACGAGUCCAGUGGGACAAAGACGUCCUCAGAGAAGGACGACUCAGACUUCAUGUGUCCAGACUCAGGACUGCUGACUCGGGUCUGUACCUGUGUGACGUGCUCACAAGAGAUGGGAAGAACUCUAGACAAUGUCACCUCAGUGUCACUGCAGAGAGGGAUCGGCCUGAACCUGAGACACAAAGCGCAACAAAUCUGACAAGAGAUCCUUCACAACCAGAGAGUCGGGGAAGGAUCGUCCUCUACUGUGUACUGGGACUGACAGCAGCUGUACUGGUUUUGUUAACACUUGCUCUCUACAUUGUAAACAAGAUUUCUCCUCGGCAAAACCAAACAAACAGCAUCCCAAACGAGGCUGUGUUGUUAAGCCUUUCAGUGUUCGCACAUUAAGAACCUGAUGUGGACUUCAGUCAGUCCACCUCAGUGUGUAUGACACAUGUGUAUAUCUGUGGAUCAACAUCAACAUUAAAGUAUGAAUGAAAAUAGAGGAAAUUAUGAUUUAGUGAUAUGAGAGUCAGUGCAAUAGUAGUAAUGUAUCCAACCUGAUGUAAAAGAACAGAGAGCUGAUGUAAACCAGUUCUUAUUUACAGUCUGUGGUCACAGCUUUGUUCAGGAAAUGACAAUCAGACAAACGUAGUAGCAGGUAACCAUAGCAACAGUAUUAAUGCUCCACUGAGCAGACAGUGAUUAAAAACAUCUUUACCUCUAAAAAGAUGUGAAAUAUGUGUUCACGUUAUUGAGAUAAUGCUGAGAAGCAUAUUUACUUUCAUGUAUAUUUAUUCAGUGCUUUUCUUAUUUAUUUACAUUUACCUUUUGCACUUUAAGCUUUAUGUGAUGAAUGUUUUUAUAAUAU